GCCAACUCGAAUCUAGUCGUGCUCUCUCCAUCACACUCAUUCACCAUGGUCGUCGCUCCAGUGCUCGACAAGUCCGACCCCAAGAUCGACAAGAUCUACCCCUACCACCUCCCAUUCUCUGAUGACUGGAGCGAGAAGAAGGAGCUCUUCGGCAGCACCACCAUGAUGAUGGCUGGUGGUGGCAUGUUCAUGCGUAACCCCAUGAUUAUCUGGACCGCUGCAGUGCUCGGCGUGCAGAGCUACGUGACGCAGGAGCCCCUUCGUGCGCCAAAGGACGCCAACUCGCCUUUGGCGACCCUUGGCAUGGCUCUCUCGGGUGUUAUCGCAACGACGAUGCCGAAGAUUAUGCUUGCACCCGAGGCGCAGGCGCCGAAGGUGUAGGCUGGGGACGAGAGGGGAUAUGCAGCGCCUUGGGACUUGGAGAGGUCGACACGCUGACGCUGUGCUGCGCUAAGGAGAGGAGA